AUGGAAACAUUACAAAUUAAUAACUUAGACUCGAUAAAUUAUUCUGAGGUUGAAGACCCCAGGCUAGUGAAAAUCAGGGAAUAUGGCAUUAUAAUCAAAGGUUAUUGGCAUGAAAAACCGAUUAUUAUGAAACAUCUACCUACUGAAUUGGCAAAUCAAGAUAAUCAAGUUUUGCAACUUGUAAACAUGCAAUUACUAAGAGGCUAUUACUAA